GGAGGAGGAGCGGCGGCACCUGGGCGGCAUGCAAUGGGGAACUGCUGCUGGACGCAGUGCUUCGGGCUCCUCCGCAGGGAAGCUGGGCGGCUGCAGCGAGUAGGCGGAGGCGGAGGAUCCAAGUAUUUUAGAACAUGCUCAAGAGGUGAGCACUUAACUAUAGAGUUUGAGAAUCUAGUAGAAAGUGAUGAAGGGGAAAGCCCAGGAAGCAAUCAUAGGCCUCUUACUGAGGAAGAAAUUGUUGACCUAAGAGAGAAGCAUUAUGAUUCUAUUGUUGAAAAACAGAAAGAUCUUGAUAUGAAAAUCCAAAAAGAGUUAGCCUUACAAGAAGAGAAGUUAAGACUAGAAGAAGAAGCUUUAUACGCUGCACAGCGUGAAGCAGCCAGGGCAGCAAAGCAGCGAAAGCUCUUGGAGCAAGAAAGACAGAGAGUUUUGCAGCAAUACCAUCCUUCAAACAAUGGAGAAUAUCAAAGUUCAGAACCAGAAGAUGACUUUGAAUCUUGUUUGAGAAAUAUAAAGUCACAGUAUGAAGUUUUUCGAAGUAAUAGACUCUCAUCAGAUGCCACAGUUUUGACACCAAAUACAGAAAGCAGUUGUGAUUUAAUGACCAAAACUAAAUCAACUAGUGGAAAUGAUGACAGCACAUCUUUAGAUCUAGAAUGGGAAGAUGAAGAAGGAAUGAAUCGAACGCUUCCAAUGAGAGAACGUUCCAAAACAGAGGAAGACAUUCUCCAGGCAGCACUUAAGUAUAGCAGCAAGAAGACUGGAAGUAAUCCUACAUCAGCCUCUGAUGAUUCCAACGGGCUGGAGUGGGAGAAUGAUUUUGUUAGUGCCGAAAUGGAUGAUAAUGGCAAUUCCGAGUAUUCUGGAUUUGUAAAUCCUGUAUUAGAACUGUCUGAUUCUGGCCUAAAGCAAUAUGAUGUGGAUCAACAAAAACGGUAGGGAAAAAUUGUGUGAUCUUGUUUAUCACUUAUGACCAAAUGUUUAAAACCAACUAGAAUGUAUAAAUGGUUGUGCUGAGCCUUUUUGUAAGAGGGGAAGUAAGAAACAUGUUAUAAAUGCUUAUUAGAAAGGAAUAGGAAUGAUAGGUUAUAUCUGAAUUGCUUCAGAAUUAAGUGCAAUUUCAUCAUCUGCCUUCUGCUUUUCAAAAACAAUUUAAUGGUUCUGUCAUGUUAUUAAUUAAAUUUCUUUAACUCUUUUCUUCAUAGCAAUCCUGUUUAAUGUUUGUAGAUUUUCAGCUUUUAAAAUAGUUUUAUUAAUUUCACCAUGAAUGCUUUCUUAACUCUGUUUCAGUAGCUAACUGCGAAAAUACUAAGGCAUUAUGUAUUAAUUCUCAGCAGAUGCAAAGGGAGCAUGAGGAGGGACUACCAGAUUCAGAUUCAGAAUAGUGUUCCCUUUUCCAGCAUCAUUUAUUCCUA